AGCCAUUCACGAGUUCCCCACGGACCUCUUCUCCAACAAGGAGCGGCAGCAUGGAGCCGUCCUGCUGCACAUCCUGGGGGCUCUGUACAUGUUCUACGCCUUGGCCAUCGUGUGUGACGACUUCUUUGUCCCGUCUCUGGAGAAGAUCUGCGAGAAACUGCACCUGAGUGAGGACGUGGCGGGCGCCACCUUCAUGGCUGCAGGAAGCUCCACGCCCGAGCUUUUUGCUUCUGUGAUUGGCGUGUUCAUCACCCAUGGUGACGUUGGCGUCGGCACCAUCGUGGGCUCUGCCGUGUUCAACAUCCUCUGCAUCAUUGGCGUCUGCGGCCUGUUUGCUGGGCAGGUGGUGCGGCUGACGUGGUGGGCUGUGUGCCGGGACUCUGUCUACUACACCCUCUCUGUCAUCGUGCUCAUCGCCUUCAUCUAUGACGAAGAAAUAGUGUGGUGGGAAGGCCUGGUGCUCAUCAUCCUUUAUGUCUUCUACAUCCUGAUCAUGAAGUACAAUGUGAGGAUGCAGGCCUUCUUCACCAUCAAACAGAAGUCCGUCGCCAACGGCAACACGGUCAGCAGCGAGCUGGAGGACGGUAAUGGCUACUGUGACGGUGGCUCAGAUGACCCCUCUGUGCCGCUGCUGGGCAGAGUGAAGGAGGAGCCGGCGGACGGCAGGAGCGGGGUGGUGAUGGUGGACGAGGCCCUGAGCGCCAGCCCGCCCAGGCUCAGCUUCCCGGAGGCCGGCCUGCGCGUCAUGAUCACCAGCAAGUUUGGGCCCCGCACGCGGCUGCGCAUGGCCAGCAGGAUCAUCAUCAACGAGCGGCAGAGGCUGAUCAACUUGGCCAACGGCGUGAGCAGCAAGCCGCUACGGAACGGCCGGCAGGAGAACGUGGAGAAUGGCAACGUGCCGGUGGAGAACCCCGGGGACCCCCCGCGGGAGCGGGAGCAGGAGCCGCAGCCCCCCGCGCAGCCGCCCCCCGAGGCUGAGCCCGAGCCCACCUUCCUGUCCCCCUUCUCCACGCCGGAGUCCAGAGGGGACAAGGUCAAGUGGGUCCUGACGUGGCCACUCAUCUUCCUGCUCUGCACCACCAUUCCCAACUGUAGCAAGCCGCGCUGGGAGAAGUUCUUCAUGGCUACCUUCAUUACCGCCACGCUGUGGAUUGCCGUCUUCUCCUACCUGAUGGUGUGGCUGGUGACCAUCAUUGGGUACACACUCGGGAUCCCUGACGUCAUCAUGGGCAUCACCUUCCUGGCGGCCGGCACCAGCGUCCCUGACUGCAUGGCCAGCCUGAUCGUGGCCCGGCAAGGUGAGGCCACACAGGGUGAGGGCCAGAGAAGGUGAGGGCCAGAGAAGGUGAGGGCCAGACAG